GUCUCUUCAGCUUCUGGACACUUUGAGCUUCGGAUUUUGUCGAUGCAGAACCUGAACGGACGCCUGCAGAGCGGCGCCUGCUGCGAUGGAGCCCAGGACGUGAAAGAGGAGCGUUGCACGGUGGACGAAUGCGACACCUUCUUCCGGGUCUGUCUGAAGGAGUUCCAGCUGAAGGUGUCCUCGGGGCCCUGCAGCUUCGGCAUCGCCUCCACGCCCGUGCUCGGUGGGAAUAGCUUUUCGUUGCGCAACACCAAAAGCGACAAGUCCAGGAUCAUGUUGUCGUUCAGCUUCGCAUGGCCGAGGUCAUACACAUUGAUAGUGGAAGCUUUGGACUUCAACAACGACUCGUCCUCUAGCGGCAUAAGUGGGUCGGCGAUCGAGAGAGCUGUUCACUCGGGGAUGAUCAACCCGAGCCGUCAGUGGCAGGACCUGAACCAUAACGGCCCUGUGGCUCAGUUCCGCUUCCAGGUCCGCCUCAGCUGCGACGAGCACUACUACGGCUUCGGCUGCAACAAGUUCUGCCGACCACGAGACGACUUCUUCGGACACUAUGAGUGCGACCACAAGGGCAACAAGACGUGCCUGGAGGGCUGGUCCGGUCCGGACUGUAACACGGCAAUCUGUCGACAGAGCUGCAGCACAGAACACGGGUCGUGUAAAGUUCCUGGAGAGUGCAGGUGUCUGUAUGGAUGGCAGGGUGAAUACUGUGAUCAGUGUAUCUCUCACCCCGGCUGUGUUCAUGGCAGCUGUUCGGAGCCCUGGCAAUGUCUGUGUGACACCAACUAUGGAGGACAGCUGUGUGACAAAGAUCUGAACACGUGUGGGACACUGCAGCCAUGUUUGAAUGGAGGAACCUGCAGCAACACGGGACCUGAUAAAUACCACUGCUCCUGUCGCGACGGAUUCUCAGGAGUCAACUGUCAGAGUGAUGUGGACGAUUGUCUGGUGAACCCCUGCAGUCAUGGAGGGACGUGUCAGGACUUGGUCAAUGGUUUCAAGUGCAUCUGUCCUCCUCAGUGGAUGGGGAAAACCUGCCUCAUAGAUGCCAACGAGUGUGACAACGACCCCUGUGUCAACGCCAACUCCUGUCGAAAUCUGAUUGGUGGAUACUUCUGUGAUUGCGUCCCCGGUUGGAUGGGCCAGAACUGCGAUAUGAUGAUUGACAGCUGCACAGUGGCAGUGGUGUCCAAUAGCACACCGAGUGGGGUGCGUUUGAUUUCUUCCAACGUGUGCGGCCCACAUGGGCGGUGUCGGAGCCACGCCGGCGGACAGUUCAGCUGCGAGUGUGAGGACGGCUUCACGGGGACGUACUGUCAUGAGAACAUUAAUGACUGUGAGAGCGCCCCCUGUCUGAAUGGAGGCACCUGUCUGGAUAAAAUCAAUCAUUAUCAGUGUGUCUGUGCUGACGGCUGGGAAGGCGCCACCUGCCAACACAACGUGGACGACUGCAGCUCGGAUCCCUGUCACAACGCCGGUGUGUGUCGAGACCUCGUCAACGACUUCUACUGCCACUGUAACAACGGCUGGAAGGGAAAGACCUGUCACUCAAGUGAGAGUCAAUGUGACGAGUCGACCUGUAACAACAGAGGAACUUGUCAUGAUGAAGACGACGCCUUCAGGUGUGUUUGCGCUGUCGGCUGGGACGGAAACACGUGUAACAUCUCAAAGAACAGCAGCUGUCUGUCACGUCCCUGUGAAAAUGGAGGCACCUGCGUGGUGGACGGAGACGUCUUCAACUGCAUCUGUAAGGAAGGCUGGGAGGGCGCCACCUGCAGCCACAAUGUCAACGACUGCAGUUCUCAUCCCUG